AUGUCGAACGAAACUGGAUACAAGAAAAUUGUCGUUUUGGGAGGAACUGGUCUAACAGGCAAGCCAGUAGUUCAAGAACUGGUGCAUGCUGGGUUUGAUGUUACCAUCUUCUCUCGAAGUGCCGAUGCUGUUGCUCCAAUAGGUGUCCAUGUCGUCAAGAUCAACAACCCAACUGAUGUGGAAGAGCUUACCCAAAACUUGAAAGGCAUUGAUGCUGUCGUAUCUCUCCUCGCCUUUCCUGCUGGUCUCGAACCUCAAGCAGCCGCCAUCACAGCGUCAAAGCUUGCCGGAGUCAAACGAUUCGUGCCAUCUGAGUUCGGUAUUGACCACUCAAGGUUGACCAGCUCUAGACUUGCUGCUAAGGACUCUGCUAUCGAAGAUAUCAAGAAGGCUGGACUUGAAUGGACUGCAAUCGUUGUUGGAUUGUUUGUCGAUACUUCCUUCUCUCCAAUCUUUAUGAUCAAUCCAACUGACGGUACUGCGAGAAUUGUCGAAGAUACCGCAACACCUGUUGCAUACACUUCUUUAAAAGAUAUUGGCAAGGUCGUUGCUGGCACAUUGAAAUCCAAGGCUGCUGCAAACCGUAUCGUCAGGGUUGCAUCGGAAUACUUGUCUGACAAACAAGCCAUUGAACUCUUGGAAAAGACGACUGGCAAAACCUUCAAAGUCACCACAGUCACCCCAAUCGAAAUCCAAAACGAAAUAGAUGCUCAAUUCCACUUGGGCAAAGUCUUGGCAAUAUACAAGGGAAACGGGAUCUUGAAUCAUACUCCCAACGACUUUGCCGAGUUUGUCAAGGACAAACCAUACACUGCUACCGAGUUCCUCACUGUCACAAAAGGCGGUGUUGAAACCACUGGUGAUUGGUAUGCCCAAGUCAAGCAUUGA